AUGCACUUUCUGAAGUCUCUUUGCACAGCCAGCUUAGCUGCCGUAGCUACCUCUACAUAUGCGGGCAACCUUAAUUAUGGCUCUCCCUCACUCCACCACCCAUUCCUCGGUAUCUCUAUUCGCAAAGUAGCAAGUAGAUCUGAUGGUAGUUCGCCAUGGACACCGGAGCAGCUGAAUUUCACACACGGCGUAGCAUCCGGUGACCCGUAUGACGACAGCGUUAUCCUCUGGACUCGUGUUGCACCAACCAUGGAUAAUGACCGCAGCAACGUGACUGUUGAGGGCACCGCUCCAAUGUACGCUCACAACAACGACGUCUUCGUCAAGGCAAGCAAGUCGCCAAUCUGCGUUGACUGGAAGAUCGGGAGGUCUGCAUCAAUGGAUGGGCAACCGAUUAAGUCAGGGACGGCUUAUACGAGCUCGGAUGUUGACUUCACCGUCAAGGUGAGUGGACAUUACCAGUUUAAUGUCUGCAAUUCCGACGUCAAGUCCCCUGUCGGCAGAACUCGAACCCUGCCGGAGUCAGGUACCAAAGUGAGACGGGCAAUCAAGCUAGCUGUCUAUAGCUGUGCCAACUACCCAUUCGGAUUCUUCAAUGCCUACGGGAAUCCCGAGCGGAAAGACUCCGUGGACUAUAUCGUCCACCUCGGCGAUUAUAUUUACGAGUAUGGGAACGGCGAGUAUCCCGUCGGCGGCUUAGGAUGGGGAGACUCUAUCGGUCGUGUCCCCGAGCCCAAUCGCUCAUGUCACACUCUCUACGAUUACCGACGACGCCUUGCCCAGUACCGCAGCGACCUUGACCUUCGCGCUAGCCAUCAAAGGUUCCCCUGGAUAACUGUCUGGGAUGACCACGAGGUGAUGGACAACCCUUACCGAGACGGCUCCGCAGCAAUGAACAACACCGAACAGUCAUUUAUCAAAGACGACGGCAUAUCUGUGGAAGCGCGCAAGAUGAAUGCUGUGCGCGCAUACUUCGAAUGGAUGCCCCUCCGUCAGGUUGAUAUGGACGACAACCUGCGCAUCUGGCGUAGCUUCCAGUUCGGCGACCUCUUCAAUCUCAUCAUGCUUGACACCCGCAACUAUGAUCGCUCUAUCACCGACCUAUACUGGAACACAGGCUACGUUCACACCAUUAAAAACUGGUUCUACCGUCAGCUCAUAGAGUCAGCCUCGACAACACGAUGGCGUGUCGUUGGUAACCAGGUAGUCUUCAGCAAGAUGAACCAGAGCAUCUCCAAUGGACCCAAGAACCCGUUCAACUACGACCAGUGGGACGGUUAUGCUGCUAACCGAAACCGGACGCUCAAGACUCUCUAUGAUAACAACAUCGACAACACAGUGUUUUUGGCCGGCGAUAGUCAUGCGUCGUGGGUCAGUGACCUUGUCUGGCUUGGCGAAAAGGACUACAAUUCGGAAACUGGGGCCGGUUCCAUCGGGGUUGAGUUCGCCGGCACAGCCGUCACCUCGCCUUCAUCGGCGGGUCAGAACAUCACCCAAGAGAAAGCUCUUAACAGAAGCGCUUGGAUGACAGCUGCGAACCCAGAGCUGCAAUGGCAGGAGUAUUACUACCGCGGCUACUUUGAGAUGACCAUCGACUACGAUGCAGUCAACGCUACCUUCUUUGGGUUGCCCACUUACGCCACGAGGAAUGGACUCGAGAUCGCGCUGGCAAAUUUCACGGUCCUUUCUGGGGAGAACAAGCUACGGCGCCCUGUUGGUGGAGGCAGCGUGGAGUUUGGGAACUUGAAAGGCGGCGUCACGAAGCAGACUAAUUUGACCAACGACACCAACACUGGAGAAUGGUCUGUGUUUGAGAGUUCGAAGCUGGGCUGGGAAGACCAAUCUCACUAG